UAUGAAAUUAGAAUAAUUACAGUUGAACAAAACAAUUAUACAACAUGCAAGUCAAGAAGGUGAACGCAUCAAGAGAAAAAUAGGAAGAGGAACACGAACAGAAGCCAUGAUGUUUAUAGUGAGAACCUUUCUGGCUAUCGUAUACAGCUCAAAUUGCAGCCUCUCAAAAUCCUCUCUCGCUAACUGUCGGGAGGGUAAACACUCACUGUACAGGCUGCAGCGCGAGAGGAAGUUGCAUUGCCAGCGCUUGGUCUCUUGGUCGCUUCCUGGGCCCAUUACACAACUGAGCCAAGUCAAGGGAGGCGAGCUAGGAGUGUUUACAGUGUGCGUAUCUGUUCGAAAAAUGGUUUGAGAGUGAGUCAGAAAGUGAAAGAGUGGGAGAGAGAGAGAAAGCAAACUAGAACUAGCACAGGAAGUAUUUGGGUUUUCAGUAAACCCCCCUAACAGAAGAAAGAUGGUGGUGUGUGUACACACCUCAAUGUACUGUGUGCGUGUCAGGGAUAUCUGAUGAGCCUCUGCUUGAGCUUUUAACCGCGCUGCGAAGACACAAACAAUCACUUUGAGGAAGCAUCUCUAGGUGUGUUAGAGGAGAGUCUCAGAGUGAUCGACCGACAUCAGCCUUAGGACACAGGAUACUAUGGGACAAAGCGGGGAGGAGAGCAAGUUGCAUCGGCGUUUCUCGCGGCUCGGCAGCCGCCAUUCCAGGGACCCUCCACGGCCCCCGCCUCAGGGCAACAAACCCGCCACGCCCGCCACUCCUCCUGCCGCCCCCACCCCCCCGUCACCCAGGCCCCCCGAGGUGGCCCCAAAACCACCAGAGGCGGCCCCCAAGAAUGUAGCUCCCAAACCAGCACCUGUGGCCUCCAAACCGAGUGUUCCGCCCCGACCCCAGAAGAAAGAGUUCCUGUGUGAGACCCACGGCAACGCCAUCCUAGAGGGGUUAAAUGCCUUUCGUUGUGAUGAGACGCUGUGUGAUGUGACCCUGGUGGCAGGAGACAGCAGCAAGACCUUUCCUGUGCACAGAGCCAUCAUGGCCUCAGCCAGUGACUACUUCAAAGCCAUGUUUACAGGAGGAAUGAGAGAGCAGGAGCUGAAGGAGAUCAAGCUGCAUGGCGUGAGCAGCGCCGGGCUGAAGAACAUCAUCGACUUCAUCUACACCUCACGGCUGGACCUGAGCGUGGGCAGUCUGCAGGACACGCUAGAGGCCGCCAGCUUCCUGCAGGUCCUGCCCGUGCUGACCUUCUGCAACCAGCUGCUCAGCAGCGAGAUCACGAUUGCUAACUGUGUGGAGGUGGAGCGCAUGGCCGCAGACCUGCUCCUGGAGGACGUCCAGACUCAUGUCGGGAACUUCGUGCGGGACAACUUCGAGGAGCUGGUCCAGAGCGGCUGCUUCCUGCAGCUCUCCAAGUCCAGCAUGGCGUACGCACUGUCCAGUGACGGCCUGAAGGGUCUCUCCGAGAUGGAGCUCUACCGGGCGACCCGAGCCUGGAUCUCCCACGACCACUCCGAACGCCGCACGUCCGCCUACACCCUGCUGCGGCACAUUCGCUUCCCGCUCAUGACCCCCGCCGAGCUCCUCCAGAUCUCGCAGGAGGAGGACCAGAGUGAAAGCAGCGGAAGAGGAGGAGGAGGGGGAGGGGAAGGUGUUGACGCCAACUUCGCGCCGGAGCCGCCGCUGAUGCGCUCGGACACGGCCUGCAUCAACCUGCUCCUGGAGGCCAGCAACUACCAGAUGCUGCCGUUCGUGCAGCCGCUGCUGCAGACCGAGCGCACACAGAUCCGCUCCGACUGCGUGCGGCUGCUCGCCCUGGGCGGCGUCAUGCGCCACCAGCUGGUCGUUAGCCGCGAGCUGUGCUUCUACGAAGAAAAGGAGGAGGAAGAGGAAGGGGAGGAAGAGGAGGGUGGCAGUGGCGCUAAGCGAGGAGGAAGCUGGCGGGCGCUGCAGCCCAUGGAAGUGCCACGCUACCAGCACGGCGUGGCGCUGCUCGGAGGCUUCUUGUUCAUAGUCGGAGGCCAGAGCACAUACGACACCAAGGGCAAGACGGCGGUGGAUAGCGCCUACCGCUAUGAUCCGCGCUUCGACCGCUGGCUACAGAUGGCGUCGCUCAACGAGAAGAGGACCUUCUUCCACCUGAGCGCACUCAAGGGGAAGCUGUACGCCGUCGGAGGACGCAACGCCACUGGAGAGAUCGGCUCAGUGGAGUGUUAUAAUGUUAACAAAAAUGAGUGGACCUUUGUGGCGCCAAUGGUUGAACCUCACUAUGGCCAUGCUGGAGCAGUCCAUGGAGCUCUGAUGUAUGUCUCAGGGGGCAUAACCAAGGACACCUUCCAGAAGGAGUUGUGGUGCUACGAACCCGCGGACGACCUCUGGAGCCGGCGGGCGGACAUGGUGGAGCUGCGGGGGCUGCACUGCAUGUGCACGGUCGGCGACCGCCUCUACGUGAUGGGCGGCAACCACUUCCGGGGCGCCAACGACUACGACGACGUGCUGGGCUGCGAGUACUACAGCCCCGCCAGCGACCAGUGGACCAUGGUGGCAGCCAUGCCCCGCGGGCAGAGUGACGUCGGGGUGACCGUCUUCAAAGGGCGCGUCUACGUGGUGGGCGGCUACUCGUGGAACAGCCGCUGCAUGGUGGACAUCGUGCAGUGUUACGACCCGGAGAGCGACGAGUGGGAGCACCCCUUCAGCGUGCUGGAGCCCCUGGGGGGCAUCCGCGCCGCCACCAUGACCGUGCACCGGCCCCAGGGCCCUGCCGCCGAGGCCCAGAUCCACGAGUGCCCUCUGGCCACCACCAAGAGCUGAGCACAGGGGCAAAGUGAAGGGGGGCUGAAAGAUUUGG